GAGACAAAAAAUAGGUAUUCACCUAUUCUUUCUUUUUGAUCUGUCAAAGGAUAUAAAACAUGGCUGAGGUCGACGAAACUCUGAAGAAGAAGCGUACCUUCAGGAAGUUUACCUUCCGAGGUGUUGAUCUUGAUCAGCUUCUUGAUAUGCCAGAUGAGCAAUUAAUGGAAUUGAUGCAUGCACGAGCCCGGAGGCGAUUUGUCCGUGGUUAUAUGCGCAAGUCUAAGGUACUUGUUAAGAAACUUCGCCGUGCAAAGAAGGAGGCUCCUCCAAAUGAAAAACCAGAAAUUGUUAAAACACACUUGCGCAACAUGAUCAUUGUUCCAGAGAUGGUUGGUUCUAUCGUCGGUAUUUACAAUGGAAAGACUUUCAACCAGGUUGAAAUCAAGCCUGAGAUGAUUGGUCACUACCUUGGUGAGUUCUCCGUGACAUACAAGCCAGUCAAACACGGUAGACCCGGUAUUGGUGCUACUCACAGCUCCAGGUUCAUCCCACUCAAGUAGAUGAUAGAACAUCCACUUAGGUUAAGUGCAAAAUCUACACAAUGAUACAAUAAAGUAUUUUUGUGCAAUGUA